CCCAAUCCCUACUCCUCCGGUGGCUGCUCACCGCCGGCUCUUCCACGGAAGAAGCGCUCUCGCCGCCGGGUACCUCCUCCCGCGCGCCGCCAGCGUUGCGGAGAAGCAUCUCCGCCCCCACCCCACCGCGGUGUCACCCUCAUCGUCUCCCAGGAAACCCGCCUCGCCGCUGCCGAUGGUCGCCGCGCAGGAGCCGAGGGAGGAGUACCCGCCGGACCUCAGGAGCGGGCUCUUCAGCGCCGACGACUUCCGCACGUGCAGCCCCAAGCAACUGGACGACGAAGAUAGGAUCAGCGCUCUCACUGAUGAUAUCUUACUGUCCAUCUUGGGGAGGCUCAGCUCACUUGUGGCUACAAGGACAAGUGUGCUCUCUACACGGUGGAGGCAUCUGCCUUGGUUGCUGCCUGAGCUCAGCAUCGAUGUCCAGGAUUUCCUAUCCGCUCCGUGCGCUGACCCUGUUGAGGCAAAUGAUAUGGAACAAGCCAUGGCGUCUUUGACCAAGGCAACCAGGAGUUUGUUGGAUAAACAACAGAGAGGAUCCACUGUCUCAAGUUUGUGCCUUAACCUCUAUUUGAUCAACACUUUCCUUUGUGAAGUUGGGCCACUGUUAGGUGAUGCAAUCGACAGUGGCUUGUUGAAAGAUUUGGAUCUCGGCAUUCUUGAUGAGACACGGAGUCUCGACCGUAGUGACGAAGAGAUGCAACAGCGAGCUCAAGACAUAGAUGAUUUUUUCACUGCCCACCCUAGUGUGCUCCACUGCCUCACAAAGCUCUUUCUAAAAAAUGUAGGCUUUGACAAAUUGGACAUGCACCAUGUCCUUUUUGACUGCUGCAAGCAACUUAAGCAUCUAACCCUUUAUUAUUGUGAUACUGGUUCCUACUCUAUCUUUAAGAUUGAUGCACCAAACUCAAAACUCUCUGUUCUUGAAAUUGAGAAGUGUCGCUUUCUGAGAAUCGACCUUGUCUGCCUCCCUAAAUUGGAGAAGUUCUUUUGCGAGUCUUGGAUAUCUCGGUCUGCCCCGUUGACGUUUGGUUUUGUCCCAUCACUUGGGCAAUUAAUACUCUCAUGCGGUUCAGUUUGUGAGGAACACAUAUUUAAAUUAAGUGAGCUUCUACAUGGAGUAACAAGCAUACAUACUCUCACAUUGGAUUUCCAAGGUGAAACCCUUUGGUUGGAACCUGAAAUGGAGGAACUCCGCACCGCAUUCAGCAAGCUAAGGAAGCUGUACGUACGUGGUAUAUUUGUUGAAUUUGACAUUUCAUGGACAACGGCCUUUCUUGUAGCAGCACCAUCUGUCGAAAUGUUACAUAUUGAGGUAUGGGAGCAUACAUGUGAUGUGGGUGAGGCCAGACCCGCUUCCUACCUUGACAGAAGGAGUCCAAAGUGGGAAAUGCACUUGGAUAGCAGCUCCGAGAACAAGCUUCUGAAAGAGCUAGAAUUCGCUGGAUUUAAAUCGCAAGAACAACAAUUUACAUUUAUAAGAUCCAUGUUGGAGCGAUCUCCCAACUUGCAGAAGAUAGUUCUGAGAGAUGAGGAGCAGUGCGGUGACUGCGAUGUCCUUAAGGUAUCUCGUCCUUCGAGAUUUCCAAGGAAGGAAGAUGAGCAAGAAAUGGUGGUUAAGCGGAUUAGAGAUGGCAUUUUCUCGCCAGAGAUAAUCUUUUACGAGUAAGAAGAGAGAUGACAUAUCUCAAUCCAAACAAUUUUUUAUACUUAUAAUUACCAGGGAUUGGGAUGUUUGAUCUAGGCACAUGACCUGUCUUACAACCAGCACUAUGACAAUCUGCAAGCAACACACUCUUCACUGGAGAUAACUAACGAAGCGAGAAGAUGAUAUCUUUUGGUUACCCGUGGCGCAGUGGUUAAUUUAUGCAGCUCAUCAAUGGAUUUCAUCCUGACCAUGCAUUCAGGGAGUCAGUAUUGCUGUCUCUGUACCCUGCAAACUUGUCUUCUUUCUGACUCAAGUCGUCAUCUUUUUGAGUCGCGCCGUCUUCUUUGUGAAAUCAAAGGCCUUCUUUACAGCAGAAAAAUAUCUGGGAGAUAAUUAAAUGAACGAUAGACAGAUGUGGAGAAAACUCAGAUAGUAUCAGUUGGUGCUGUUAAAGACAAUUUUACAAACAGAUUUUGUGUGGCCCUUUAUUUUCUCAUAACUAGGAUUUCCUUGUUUCUUUACAAUUUUAUAAUUAUAUAUGGCUAAAUCACUAAA